AUGGAAGAGAAAUGCAAAAUCGGUGGUGAAAGUUUGAGCAAUCGAGGUGUUGUGAACAAGGACAGGAUCAGUGAGUUGCCUGAAGCUUUAAUUCUGCACAUAUUGUCUUCACUUCCAACAGAAACUGCCAUAACCACGAGUGUUUUGUCUAAAAGUUGGAAAUCUCUUUGGAAGGUGUUGCCAAAUCUCAAUUUUGACUCUGAUUAUCAUUAUCGAGAUACAUUUUCAGAGAAUUUAUGCAAAUCUUUGAUAUCACAUAAAGCUCCGGUUUUAGAUAGUCUGCAUUUGAGAGUUGAAGAUGAGAGUGAUGCUUCGGAUGUUGGGAUAUGGACUGGGAUUGCUUUUGCACGCCAUGUGCGAGAACUGGUACUCAGUUUUCCAUUUGAAGAUGAAGGCUCAGUAAGAUUUCCGAAUGUUUUGUGUAGUUGCAAUGAUACACUAGAGAUCUUGAAACUCAAGUUUUCAAUUCUUCUAGACCUCCCUUCUCGGGUCUGUUUCAAGUCCCUUAGAGAGUUGCACCUUUACUAUGUACUAUUCAAAGACGAAGAAUCUGUUUCAAACCUUUUAUGCGGCUGUCCUAGUCUUGAAGAUUUGGUGUUGCAUCGGAUGAGAACUUACGACCAUGUGGAAACUUUAACUAUUGCAGUGCCUUCAUUACAGAGACUAACCUUAAAAGAUUUUUCCUAUGGAGAUGGUGAUGGAGGCUAUGUGAUAAAUGCUCAUUCUUUGAAAUACUUGAACAUCUAUGGGUUCCAUCGCCUUGAAUUUUGUCUGAUUGAGAAUGAGCCAGAGCUGGUGGAGGCGCUUAUCACCAAUGUUUCUGAUGUAGCCAAUGAGAACUUUCUGGAAUCUCUAAUUUCAGCCAAACAUCUUUCCUUAGACUUCUCACCCUUGAAGGAGAUUAAGUAUCCUACUGGUAAAAUCUUCAAUCAGCUUCUAUCUUUGGAGCUACAUACAAACAAAGAAGAGUGGUGUAAUCUUCUUUCGCUCAUGCUCCCUAGUUCUCCUAAAUUGCAAAUCCUCAAGCUCAACGACUCAAGAAGGAAAUAUCUUGAUAAAGAUAAGCUGGCGGACCGGAAAUGGAAUCAACCAAAGUGUGUACCUGAAUGUUUGUUGUUCCAUCUUGAGACAUUCGUGUGGACAAGAUACGAAUGGCAACAAGAAGAGGAGCAUGAAGUUGCCACAUACAUCCUUAAGAACGUAAGACGCUUGAAGAAAGCAACUCUCUCCACAUACCCCAUCGAAUCUAAAGAGCUUGAGAAGUUGGAAAAGAGACGUGAAAUGCUCAACGAGUUGGCUAGUGUGGUUAGGGCAUCAAACUCAUGUCACCUCCUGUGUGAUGAAGCUGAUACGUACUCUUUCUAG